CUUCACUGCUUGCUAAUCCGCAGCUUCCACUUCCUUAAUAAUUUGGAGGCGGUGGAAUUCUACUCCACUGCAACCACGGUUGUUCGCAAUAUACUCUAGACCCUAUUAAGCCAUAUACUUCGGCGCCUAUUAGCCCCGCGUGCCGCGACUUGACCCACCUCCGCACACCUUCACCACUUCACCAGUUCACCCACAGUUACCCACUGUUCACUUUCACCUUCACCUUCACCACCGCCAUUACCCCUUUGGGACAAAAUGCCACUCCGCAUACGUCUCCGCGCACCCAACGGCGUCCACACCCUCUCCUUGGACGACAACGCCGCAGUCUCCGACCUCCUCUCCUCCAUCUCCGACACAACCGCCCUCCCCCUCUUCGAGCUAAAGUGGGGUUUCCCACCCCAACCCCUCGACCCCUCCCUCUACGGCAUGUCGACGCUCCUCAAAGACACAGACCUCCAGCUGAACGGCGCACAAAUCAUCGUUGUGGGUAAAGAAACGGGGGACACGACAGUCCCGCAACUAUCAUCAACAUCAACAUCUACACCUCCCUCUUCGCAAAGCAGCCGACAAGCCGUCUCGUCGCCGUCAGCCCCCUUAUCCCUCACCCGCAAACCAGCCCUCCCCGAAUCGGACACGCCCGAAAUCCCCGUCCCAACCCACCACGGCACCCUCGUUCUGCGCGUCAUGCCCGACGACAACAGCUGCAUGUUCCGGGCGCUCGGCACAGCCGUCCUCUCCUCCUCACUAGACGCCAUGACAGAGCUGCGCUCUCUCGUUGCACAAGCCAUCCACGCCGACCCAGACAUGUACAACGAGGCCGUCCUGCAGCGCGAACCGGACGAAUACUGUCGCUGGAUCCAGAACCAGGAUAGCUGGGGCGGGGGAAUCGAGCUCGCGAUCCUCAGCCAGGAAUUUGACAUUGAAAUCUGCAGUAUCAAUGUGCAGGAUUUGCGCGUCGAUCGGUUCAACGAAGGCCGUCCGAAACGCUGCUUUCUCGUUUACUCGGGCAUUCAUUACGAUACUAUUGCCUUUGUGCCUGAUGGAACGGGAUCUACGCUCAAUACCGACAAUGAUGUCAAACUCUUUGAUAGCCGGGACGAUAUUCUGCUGGAGAAGGCGAGGGAGUUGUGCGCCGAGUUGCAAAAGAAGCAUUACUUCACCGACACGCAGCAUUUUGGGCUAAGAUGCAAUGUGUGCGGGUGGACGGGCAACGGGGAGAAAGAGGCGGUUGCUCAUGCGGAGAAAACGGGGCAUAGCGAUUUUGGAGAGGCGGCGUAAUUGGAGGGAGGUGUUGUAGUUCGUCCGACAGUGUACAUAUAUAUAUAUAUAUCGCAGCGCUUUUAUCGAGUGUUGGUCUGUUUAUGAUAUUGAGGAGGAGAGAUAUACCCUGAAUUCAUCCAUCUUCUUUCUGUUGCUCCUUGAUCUCUCCCAUAAUGCGUAUCGGAUUUCCAUUGGCGGUUAUGGAAUCGGUACUCUACGUUUUACCACCGAAUAUUCAAAUCGCAAAGCAACAGCGUAGAAAUGCAC